AUGGACCCAGAUCCAAGUUCAAAACUUGUCGUCAUUAAUGAAAUUUUGAAAACAUACAAGAGGAACGACCGAGUGGUUGUAGUUUCUCAUGAAAAACAAUCAAAUUGGGCGCCCAAGCUUCUUGGAUUGUUACGUUCAACAAGCAGUUCAUUCAACGAUGUGCUUUUAAAUAUCACUAUCACGGAAAACGAAGCAAACUAUUAUAAGAUUUUAAGCACAAUGCUAGCUUUAAAUAUAAGAGCCGUAGUUCUCUCAUUGGAACAGAAUUUGGCCUUAGAUUUCGUAAAUGCAGCUGAAGAAUUUGGGUUCGUAGACAUUGAUUGUAUAUGGAUUUUAGAACAUCCUCUUGAUGAAAACAGGCGGAUACCACUCUUGGGAAAAAUUCUUGGAAUACGAUUAUCUCAAGAUCACUUUAACGACAAUAGAUCACAUGCAUGGCGAAAUGCAUUGUUCAAAGAUUCUACCAAAAUUCUGGAAAAGACGUUUCAAAAUAUAAGCAAUACAGAUUUUGAGAUUUCGUCGUUGCCAAAAGAUUGCAGAUCUUCAGACCGUUGGCUGUUGGGAAGGUCGCUCUAUAGGUAAUUAAGGAAUUUGUACUUCAUUUGGAAUGUGUCUCAAUUGAAAGCCUAUUUUGAACAUUCCAGUUCUUCAGGGACGCCGGAGAGGCGGGAGCGGGUGGGCAAGCUUCCCCCUUGCCCUUUACUAAGGGGGGCAAGGGGGGUAAAGGUGUCCUUUCAGUAUAAAUAUUAUUGGCGUAAAAGUUGGGUUUGCGAUUAGCUCAAGAGAUAAAGAAUGCGGUAGUGAGGCCGCAAGUCUGGAGUCCGAGUACGCUUCCGGUCAUUAUUUCUUUACUUUCAAUAAUUGUAUUUUCUUCUCAAAUUUAAUAUUUUUGGGGUAAGCGUUAUUGUUAGGUAAACAUACAUCAGUUUGAUCUAGACAAAGCGAUCAAUGACAAGGGUUUGGAGUUACUAUAAGAAGAGAAACGCUAUGUUACGCACAUGAUAUUCUGGAAGAACCAAAGCAAAUGCUAGUUUUGAAAGCUCGAAGGGAUUUAUUGGACAAUAUACGGAAAAAAAGAUUUCUACUCUAUCCUCGCAGGCGAAUCCUCAGACGUAUCUAAGAAAGAGAAACUAUCGUUUUUCGUCAAGACAUGCACAUAUGACUACGAAGUUUCGGUCGACUUUGUGGGAAUUUUCGAAUGCACUGAAGGUCUAUCAACUGACUCCCUUCUGAAAUAUACGAAAGAUAUUCUCCUCAGAUCAAUCAGCUGGAUGGCACCAAAAUAGCAGCGAUGGGCUUUGACGGGGAUUUGGAAAUAAUCGAAAUCCCAUAAAAAGGGCGUGGCUGCGAAUUUUCUACCGACGGCCCUUCAUGCUCGCAUUGCCCCUCCUGCCCUUUUAUCGCUCCGGCGUCCCUGCAGUUCUUUUCCUUGUACAGUAGAUUGAUCUAUAGUAAUUCAAUCUUUAGCUCCCUAUCAUCGAGCAUUGAUAAUUUAUUACUGAAGCCUUUAACUGAAUUGACCCUUGACCAAUUGAGCGUCUUUAAAGUCAUGAUGUUGAUUAUUGUCACCAACAAACUCUUAUCGUUAUUGAUUGUUCACGUCAUAUAUAGCUUUAGCUUGGAAUAUUGUGAACAUUUCAAACUUUCCCCUGUUAACUCAUAUCGCGUUUCAGAGUUAUUUUUAAUAAAAUGUGUUUGGCAAAAAUUGCCAUUUUUUCAUCGCAAAAUUAUAUAAUGUUCUGAGAAUUUUUAGUCUUCAUGAAAUCAGCAGAUCAUUAACUAUCAAUAUCAUUUGAAAUGUUUCCCAACAGUCGCUAAUCCUCGAGGUUAAAAAUUGUCUGUUCACCCAAUAUAGACGCCCCACAUAUAGCUGAUCUUCAAACACUAUUUAAUUUCACCUAUUCCAUCUUAUCUACGCCUCUUUGCAAGAGUGAAAAAAUACCUUUUCUCUUUAAUAGGGCUAUGGAGAAUGUUCAGUUUGAAGGGAACACAGGCUGGGUACAAUUCAAUGAUCAAGGUUACCGCACUAAUGUGCAAUAUGACAUCGGCUACUGGUAUAAAGGUGAAAAUGGGACCACGAUUAAAGUUCUUUUAGCCGAAUACCAUAACAACAAACUGGCUGUAUACCAAACAGGCUGGCCACCUGUAGAGAAAACGCUAGAUGUUCUGGAAUUAAAAAUUGCAAAACACAUUCCACUAAAGGUUUCGGUUUUCUUACAAGAGCCGUAUGUUAUAAUGAACAAAAACCCUGCUCAGAACGACUCGGACGAAACUUGUGCGUUAGGCUGGCCUUGUGUGGGACUUGAUGGGACAUAUUCAUGCUGUACUGGCUAUUGUAUUGAUCUGUUGAAAUUACUUAUGAGAGAUGUUGGAUUUUCAGUCAGAAUUGAAGUAGUUAAGGAUGGAAAAUAUGGUGGAUUGAAUCGUACAACUGGGCAAUGGUCAGGACAGAUAGGUGAGGUUGCCCGCGGUGAAGCAGAUAUCGCCAUGUCAGAUCUUACUAUCAAUGAACAACGUUCCAAGGUAGUCGACUUCACACAUCCAUAUAUGGAAGCAGGCAUUGGUGUUUUAGUUAAGGCGGCUCGUCGUGAUAAAAAUAACUGGACUGGUUUCAUGGAUCCUUUUGAUGGAAAAUUAUGGAUUGCUCUUAUUAUAUGUAUCAACACUGCACUGCUUAUUAUGUGGCUACUAGAGAGGUAUAGUCCUUAUGGUCAGUCGGAACGUGGAAAGGUUUUGGAAAGGAGUAAAAAGUAUUCUUUCAAUUUUGCUCAAAGUGCUUUGUUCACAUGGAGUCUGGUUCUUCCAAGUUUCGAUGUUGGUUCUAAGCCAAAAAGUUUGGCUUGUCGUAUUUUGGCCUUAUCUUUUGCGUUUUGUAUGUUGAUUUUGAUUACAAGCUAUACAGCAAACUUAGCCGCUUUUCUUGUAGUAGAAGAGGAGAUACUACCACUGAACGAUCUUGGAAUACGCGAUCUUAAGGUAUAUAGAUGAGUAGUAAUAUACAGGCCGUUCGACCCAGAAUUUUCAGGGUAAGCAAGAGUGAAUAAGGGUGCAUGAGCUCAUUAAAUAUUCAGGGUGGGCAAGGACACCGCAUCAUCAUUAGCGUAAACUGAGUUGGCGCAGGGGUGCGUAUGCAUUAUGAAAUCGUAUGCAGACGUCAUAAUGAUAAACAGGAUGAGUUUGGGCAAGUUUGUGCAAAACAGUCAUUAACAACCAUAGGUAACAACUAAGACUGUGCAGUCUAUAUCCAAUUGAACACGUGAUCAUUGUCUAUCCUAUGCAUAUAGACAAUCGUAAAAUCUGGAACCUUUUCUAUUUGCGGCAAACGUUCGAGUACGCCUGUGUCAAUCUUCAGUUAGUACUCUCAUGGCUUCUGUAAAUUUAUUCCAAAUUAAACCAUACGCUUAGCAUUCAUUCGUUUUAUCGUUCCAUGAUUGAUUUGACAACCACAACAUAAUUCUUCGAAAUGUCUCUGAACUUCAUGUGCCACUGCAUUCGAGUAUAUUCCUUCCAACAAACUGAUCUGAUUAUAAGAGGAUGCGGGUUUUCCAUGUUACACCGUGUUAUUGUAUUGCUUUGGCAAGUUAGAACAGCGAAAUGAUGUUCAAACAAUUAAUGUGGUAGAGUUUUGUCAUGUACACAAAUAUUCUGUGAAAAUAUUUUUUUAUUACAACUAGACUGUUUGUUAAAUUGCUCUACACUUUUCUCUCUUUCUAAUAAGCUUUCUAAUAAUCCUCCUCACGCUUCAUGAAUUGCUUACCCGUCAUCUUAACAGUGUAUAUGAAAGUAGGUGAUAAGCUAAUUAAAUAACAUCUCGGCAGUCUCCAACGAGACAAAUAGUUCAGCAUCGUUCGUGGUUAUCAGUGUCUUAGUGUAGUUUCAUCAACAAAUAGGCAAAUGUAGAACAGUCUGGAUCUUUUUCCAUUUGCCGCAAAUGCUCGAGUACAUCUGUGUCAAUCUUCAGUUUUAUUGUGACUUCAGAAAAAUUAUUCCAAACCAUAGCAUUCAUUCGUCUGAUUGCUUGGAAACCGUACAUUUGCUAUUUCGCGUUUGUAUUCGUUCAGCAUGCAUAAGGCAGUCGUGUUGCCGUUGACUAGGAUAAUUAAUUUGACAAAGUAUAUGAACUCAGUGAUAUGAACUGCAUUCGCAUAAUUAUACUCCUACCAGCCAACUAAACUGAUUGUAACAACAUGUAUAUUUUCCAUGUAUAGACAAUCCAUCGUAAUGCUUUGGCCCCUUGUAGCGCCCUGCGCCAACUCAUUGAUUAUGCGUUAAUAAGCUCACCCAGCUAGUAUAGUGAGUCCAAACGGCCAACAUAUUACGACUCAGAUGUUCGAUAGAUAUUCUAGUUAUGUGUGUGUGUCAUUUUUGAUGUUGGAUGAUUGUGCCCAUUUUUCUGUAGAGUAAUUAGCGACGUAGGAAACCGUUGGGGAUAUCUAGAAUCAAAACAAAUAAAACUGGCUAUCUUGUAUGUGUAUCUAAUAUUCCAUAGUAACUUUUUAUUAAAACAUCGACUGAACAUAUCUAGUGAAUCAGUUCUGUUGAACGUGUUAGUUUAUUAAAAGCAUUGGUGGAUGCAGAACGAAAAACGUUCAUUUUUUUUAUUUGACUAUACCGACUGAAUAAAUCCGCUAGGUGGAUCAAACCCCCUUUUGAGAAGAGGUCCUGCAUUUCCUUUGAUCCAGGAUAAAACCAGCAAAAUUUUGUUUAGAAAAGAAAGCAAAACAAAACUAUAUAAUGUUACUUUACAUGUUUGUAGUAUCUGCAAAUAUUAACGUCGUUUGACUUAAUAUAUUUUAGCUUCAAAAUCCACCUAGUGGUUUUCGUGUCGGAACUAUUCAAGACUCAAGUUAUGAAAGAUUUUUCCAAGCUACUAAUGAUCCCAUGCUAAGCAGAAUUUGGCAGCAUAUGAAACACAACAGUGUAAAAGAUUUUUCUGAAGCAGUAAAACAACUUAAUGCUGGGUAA